AUGGCGGUUUCAGGGUCUAUCAUUGGGUUGAACCCAUCUAUCUCCCCAUGCCUCACAGCUCCAAAGCUUCAACAUAGUGCAAGAAAACAGUUCUGUGUGAGAGCUUCUGCUACUGGUUCAGAUGGUGAGGAAGGGAAGAUGAUGAUGUGGAAAGGGAAAGAUGGUUGGAAGAUUGAUUUCUCCGGAGAAAAGCCACCCACGCCAUUACUGGAUACUAUCAAUUAUCCAAUCCACAUGAAGAACCUCUCCACACAGGAUCUUGAACAACUAGCUGCAGAGCUUAGAGCAGAUAUUGUAUUCACUGUGGCAAAGACAGGUGGACAUUUAAGUGCAAGCUUGGGAGUAGUGGAUUUGGCUGUGGCUCUGCAUCAUGUUUUCAACACUCCUGAUGACAGAAUCAUAUGGGAUGUUGGUCAUCAGGCAUACCCCCACAAAAUUUUGACAGGGAGGAGGUCUAAGAUGCACACCAUUAGAAAAACUUCAGGGCUAGCAGGGUUUCCAAAGAGGGAUGAGAGUAUAUAUGAUGCUUUUGGUGCAGGGCAUAGUUCUACUAGCAUCUCUGCUGGUUUAGGUAUGGCAGUGGCAAGAGAUCUUUUAGGGAAGAACAACAAUGUAAUUUCUGUGAUUGGGGAUGGAGCCAUGACUGCAGGACAAGCAUAUGAGGCCAUGAACAAUGCAGGUUUCCUUGAUUCUAACCUGAUUGUCGUGUUGAAUGACAAUAAGCAGGUCUCUUUACCAACUGCUACUCUUGAUGGCCCUGCAACUCCUGUUGGAGCCCUCAGCAGUGCUUUGAGCAAGCUUCAGGCAAGCCCCAAGUUCCGAAAACUUCGUGAAGCUGCAAAACGAUCUGAUUCUGAUUUUACCUGUGGAAAGAGUAUCACAAAGCAAAUUGGACCGCAAGCACACGAAGUUGCAGCAAAAGUAGAUGAAUAUGCAAGGGGUAUGCUUAGUGCUCCUGGGUCUACUCUGUUUGAGGAGCUCGGACUAUACUACAUUGGACCAGUAGAUGGGCACAAUAUUGAAGACUUGGUAACCAUUUUCGAAAAAGUAAAAGCCAUGCCUGCACCAGGACCAGUUCUGAUUCACAUUGUGACAGAGAAAGGAAAGGGGUAUCCCCCAGCUGAGGCUGCAGCUGACAAAAUGCAUGGGGUUGUGAAGUUCGAUCCACACACGGGAAAGCAAUCUAAGCCGAAAUCUUCUACACUUUCAUAUACUCGGUACUUCGCCGAAUCACUGAUAAAAGAAGCCGAGGUAGAUAACAGGAUUGUAGGCAUCCAUGCAGCAAUGGGUGGAGGGACUGGCCUCAAUUAUUUCCAGAAAAAGUUUCCAGAUCGCUGUUUCGAUGUGGGUAUUGCAGAGCAACAUGCUGUUACUUUCGCAGCUGGUUUAGCCACAGAAGGUCUUAAACCAUUCUGUGCAAUUUAUUCAUCAUUCCUGCAACGAGGCUAUGAUCAGGUGGUGCACGACGUAGAUCUUCAGAAAUUACCUGUCCGCUUUGCAAUGGAUCGAGCUGGUUUGGUUGGUGCAGAUGGACCAACUCACUGUGGAGCAUUUGAUGUUGCUUAUAUGGCUUGCUUGCCCAACAUGGUGGUCAUGGCUCCAUCUGAUGAAACAGAGCUGAUGCACAUGGUUGCGACAGCAGCAGCCAUUGAUGACAGACCAAGCUGCUUCAGAUUUCCGAGGGGCAAUGGAAUAGGAGCAGUUCUUCCUCCUAAUAACAAAGGAACGCCUCUUGAGAUAGGGAAGGGAAGAAUACUAAUGGAAGGCAGUAGAGUUGCGAUUUUGGGAUAUGGCGCAAUUGUGCAACAAUGCCUGGAAGCUGCAGGGUUGCUCAAAACCCAUAAUAUAGCUGCAACAGUAGCUGACGCAAGGUUCUGCAAACCACUGGAUGCAGAACUUAUCAAGAGAUUGGCCAAUGAACAUGAAAUCUUAAUUACAGUGGAGGAAGGUUCUAUUGGAGGGUUUGGAUCUCAUGUAUCUCACUUCCUAAGCUUAAGUGGUAUUCUAGAUGGACCUCUCAAGUUGAGAGCAAUGGUACUUCCUGAUAGAUAUAUAGACCAUGGAUCACCCCAAGAUCAGAUUGAAGAAGCAGGUCUUUCUUCUAGACACAUAAGCUCAACAGUGUUAUCACUAUUGGGGAGGACCAAGGAAGCUCUUAAAUUGAAGUAAAUCCACAAAGUAAAGCAUACGCCUUUCUAUUUGCGAAAAAUUUAUUACAAAUUUUUCGAUGGUUUUGUAUUGGUUUCGCAGGGAUAGUAAAGAUAGAGAACCCAACUCAAAAAGGCUUAUUAUCUUUGGUGUUUUGAAAGGACUAUAAUCCUAGAGUCAUAGGAAAUCUUAACUCAAUUUCCAAUAUGAUAUUGCAAGAUUAUUUCGGGGAAUUGAAAUGAACUGUGCAAGGAAUAAUUUUUCUGUAUCUCCUUUUGUAAUUCC